UUCCGAUGGCUCUCUCAUCCUCCUUUCUCUCCUCAGUUGAAUCUCCGAUGUUGAUGUCGCUACCUACAUUUUUAUGAUCCACCAACCUUUCCGUCUCCAUUCAUGCAUGUUACUUGGCUAUCCUCUUCCAAUAAUUUAUUCGCAAAUCCGUCUCCUUUUUGCUAUCUGCAAUUACCAUUCAGUAAUUUCACUAAUGGCGAGUCAAAGCUUGUUGGGAAGAGUUCAAGUAUUUAAAUUUCUCAUUUCCCCUCCUCCUCAACUUCACAUCCAUCUGCUCCUGCUUCUCCUUCUCCUUCUCCUUCUACUCUUCUUUUCAAUUAGCUCCCGUCCCUAAUUGGCGCUCUGGGAGAUGACAACGACAGCAGCGGGAGCUCGUAUUUCCGACGCAACCAUUGUAUCGUCUCAAAGCUCUCUUCUUCGGUUGCAAUCUGUCGCCCAUUUAUCUGGUCGUAAGCUCGUACAAACUGCAAAGGGGAACAACACCUCUUCCUGCCGCAUCUUUCUCCUCCCCAGACAUCAAAAUCCUAUUUUAAUGCCUGUUCGAUGCGUGAUGGAAAAGGUUGAUGUAGUGGAAGUUGAAAAGGUGCAGUUACCUGCAGAGACCUGUAUUAUGAGGACUCUCGCGCCUGCAUUGACACUAGAGCAGGGUCUUGAGAAAAUUGAGCAGGCUCUCCGAGAAUUGAAGUUGAAUCCUCCUCGCUCCCCUGGCGGGUUAUAUAGAAUUCAGAUUGAGGUGCCCCCAAGUGCUAAAGCCUUGAAGUGGUUUUCGUCGCAACCAGUGGAAUCACAAGUAUUCCCACAAUUUUAUCUUUCAGGUGAGAAGGACGAUGCUUCUUUCAAAUCUCUUGAUCUGAAUGGGCCCAAGGGAGUUUUUGGUCUAGGAGCUGCAAUUGCUUUCAAUGGGUCUACUUCAUCCACAUUGGCUGACUGGAAUGCUUUUAGCAGGAAUAUCUCCAUUGACUCAGUUCCUCUAAAGAUUUAUGGUUUAACGGACAUUGAUGUUGAUACGAAUUCAACUUCCAUGAAACACGAAACUGGUUCAUCAUACCUUUUUAUACCACAGAUUGAGUUAUAUGAACUUGAAGGUUCUUCAACUUUAGCUGCAACCAUAGUAUGGGGUGAUUGUUCUGCUCGUAAUUUUGACGAGGCAUUACAAUCUUGUGAGUUAGCUCUUUAUCAGGUAAAUCAAUAUCUAUGGCCUACAGUUGAUAGAUGCUAUAACAAGUGCCUCUCCUCUGCUGUUGGAAAGUUUGAUGUCUUGGAAGAUCCUCAAUCCCAGAUGGUGUGUGCUAAUGCUAACUCACUGAGUGGAAGUACUCAUCUUACUGAUCCCAAGGCAUUGAAAGAUGUUUCUUACUUUCCCCAAUUCUUGGUCAGGCUUUCACGCACUCAAGGAAUAUCCAAUAAUAUGUGUGUACCAGCUCAUGUUCCCUCAGCUGGUCAACGACUAUCUGAUUCUGUAAACAUAAAUACUCUUUGGGCGUCUCUUAUAGUUGAAGAGUGCUGCCGCCUUGGUUUAACAUAUUUUUGUGUAGCGCCAGGAUCAAGAUCAUCUCCCCUUGCCUGUGCUGCUUCCACUCACCCGCUUGCAACUGCUAUUUCUUGUUUUGAUGAACGAUCAUUGGCAUUUCAUGCGGUUGGAUAUGCAAGAGGCUCUGGUAAACCAGCAAUAGUAAUAACAUCAUCAGGCACAGCUGUUUCCAAUCUUCUUCCAGCUGUUGUUGAGGCAAGUCAAGACUAUCUGCCACUUUUGUUGCUCACAGCUGAUCGUCCACCUGAGUUGCGGCAAAGUGGAGCAAACCAGGCGAUUACUCAGGUCAACCAUUUUGGGUCAUAUGUAAGGGUCUUUUAUGGCUUGCCUGCACCAAGUGAUGAUAUCAAUGCAAGGAUGGCACUCACAACCAUCGACUCAGCUGUUCAUUUGGCUACCACUUCUCCAUGUGGCCCCGUUCAUGUUAACUGUCCUUUCAGGGAUCCGUUGGAUAACAGUCAAAGAAAGUGGAUGCUGAAAACUUUAGAUGGAUUAGACUCGUGGAUCUCGAGAAGUGAACCUUUCACAACCUAUGUGCAGAUGCAGAAUCCUUUAGCAAGCAAUAAUACUAGCAGCCAAACUGCGGAAGUUCUAAAGUUAAUUCAAGAAGCAAAAAAAGGACUUCUAGUCAUCUCUGCUCUCCACACAGAGGAUGAUAUAUGGGCAGCUUUACUUCUGGCAAAACACCUAUCAUGGCCUGUUGUAACUGAUGUCUUGUCAGGUCUAAAAUUGAGGAAAUAUUCCCCUGAUUUUACCGACAUGGAAGACAAUAUAUAUUUUGUUGAUCAUGUAGAUAACUUUCUGUUAUCAAAGUCUGUCAGGGCUUGGGCACUUCCUGAUGUUAUCUUGCAGGUAGGAAGUAGGAUUACAAGCAAACGCAUAUACCAGAUGAUGGAUGAUUCUGUUCCAUGCUCAUACAUACUAGUGGACAAGCAACCGAGUCGUCAUGAUCCAUCCCACAUUUUGACACACAGGAUUCAGAGUACUAUUCCUCAGUUUGUGGAUAGUGUGAUUAAAACUUGCAGUCCACAGGUCAACAACAAAUGGUUCAGUAUUUUGCAAGCUUUGGAUAAGAGGGUUGAAUGGGAGAUAUCAUCACUCUUUGAUUCAGAAUCUGCAUUGACAGAACCGUAUGUUGCAUAUACGGUUUCAAAAGAGCUUCGUCAUGGAUCUGCUAUAUUUAUUGGGAACAGUAUGUCUAUACGUGACAUGGACAUGUAUGGAUGUAAACAGUCCCAGUGGACUAAUGGAAGUCAAAGAUCAUUGGCCUCUGAACUAUCAUGCCAGUCUAUUCAGGUUGUCGGGAAUAGAGGAGCUAGUGGAAUUGAUGGCUUACUGAGCACUGCUGUUGGUUUUGCUCGGGGAUGCAGCAAAAGGGUAAUAUGUGUGCUGGGAGAUAUCUCUUUUCUGCAUGAUACGAAUGGAUUGGCACUGCUGAAGCAAAGGAUAAGAAGAAAACCAAUGACCGUUAUCAUAAUCAACAACGGGGGUGGUGCAAUCUUCAGUCUUCUUCCAGUUGCAGAUAAAACUGAUAGAAAAAUAUUGAAUGAAUUUUUCUAUACCACCCAUGAUGUUUCAAUUGAGAACCUAUGCAAAGCUCAUCGUCUGGACCAUGUAUCUGCACGAACUAAACAAGAAUUUCAAGAUGCAUUGUUGACAUCUCAACAAGGAGAGUCUGAUUGUGUCAUAGAGGUUCAAAGCAAUAUUGAUGAUAAUGUAACAUUCCACAGUAAGCUAAAGAAUUUUACAAUUCAAGGAGUGGAUCAAGCCUUUGAUAUUAUAUCAAAAUUCACAGAUUCUGCAUCCGGUGAUAGUUUCUCUCUAGCUGAAAUUAGGAAAAUGGAAUAUUCUCCUUACAAAAUUCAGCUAAGUGCCCCUCCAACAUAUGCGUACAAUGAUGCUUCAUUGAGCUAUAGAGAUGGUUUUAUCAUAAAGUUAUCUUUUGAGGAUGGAAGCACAGGAUAUGGAGAGGUUGCCCCACUGGGAAGUAAUGAAGAAAACUUUGUUGAUAUUGAGGAGCAAAUUCGGUUUCUUGUUCAUGCUACAGAUGGUGCAAAGAUUAGUUGUGAUCUUCCACAGCUGAAGGGCUCAUUUUCCAAUUGGAUAUGGAAAACCUUAGGAAUAUUGCCAGGAUCACUCUUUCCCAGUGUUAGAUGUGGUUUGGAAAUGGCCAUCCUCAAUGCUAUAGCGGCUAAGAAAGAUUUGACCUUGUUGAAUGUGCUUCGUCCAGAGACAGCUUCUGAAGCUGAAGAAUCCUCUGCAGUUCAGAUCUGUGGCCUCCUUGAUUCCAUUGGCUCUCCAACAGAUGCUGCUCAUGCUGCUGCAGCACUUGUUGAACAGGGAUUCAGUGCAAUAAAAAUUAAAGUAGCACGCCAGGCAGAUCCUAUAAAAGAUUCUGAAGUUAUUCAAGCAGUGAGAAAGAAGGUUGGCCGUGAUGUUAUAUUGCGUGUUGAUGCAAAUAAGAGGUGGACAUAUGAACAAGCAGUUCAAUUUGCUUCCUCAGUUAAGGAAUGUGAUCUGCAGUAUAUUGAGGAACCAUUGGAAAAUGAAGAUGAGAUAAUCAAGUAUUGUGAAGAAACAAGAUUGCCUGUAGCAUUGGAUGAAACAAUUGACAAGAUUAGGGAUAAUCAUGUGGAGAUGCUUACCAAGUUCUCUCAUCCAGGAAUAGCAGCAAUUGUUAUCAAGCCAAGUACUGUGGGUGGUUUUGAGAAUGCAGGGAUAAUUGCAAGAUGGGCGCAGCAGCAUGGGAAGAUGGCUGUUGUCAGUUCUGCAUUUGAAAGCAGCCUUGGUUUAUCAGCAUACGUCCAGUUCUCCAAAUACAUUGAGUUGCAAAACAUAGAUGUGUGCAAAGCAAUUAAAAAGGAACCUCUUCCAGAAGUAGCACAUGGUCUGGGAACAUAUCAAUGGCUUAAAGAAGAUGUUUCUACCAAAGGUCUGAAUAUUAGACGUAGUUCGAAUGUUGGCCAUGUUGAGGCAUCUUCUUCUGAUGCUAGCUCUCUCCUGAGGAAAUUUGAAGUCAAUGAUAAGGCAAUACUUGGUAACUAUUCUGGCGAACAAGUGCGUAACAACCGUGUAUCAGUUGAUUCGGAGGGUUUCUCAUUCUCCAUCAACACACAUGAGACUGGACCACAGAAUGGAGAAAACACAGUAGUGUUUCUUCAUGGGUUCCUGGGAACUGGUGAAGAUUGGGUUCCCAUCAUGAAGGCUAUCUCCGGAUCUGCAAGAUGCAUUGCUAUUGACCUUCCCGGCCAGGGAGCAUCAAGGGUUGAUCGUAAGAUAACUAGGGAAAGAUCGGAUGAACCUAAUCUCUCAAUUGAGGGGAUUGCAGAUAUAGUGAACAAGGUAAUUUCUCAAAUUGCUCCUGGGAAAGUCACAAUUGUUGGGUACUCAAUGGGAGCGCGAAUUGCACUGUAUAUGGCAUCGAGAUUUGCAGACAAGAUAAAAGGAGCUGUCAUUGUAUCUGGAAGUCCUGGACUGAAAGAUAGUUUGGCAAGAAAUAACCGCAGGGCUAUUGAUGAUUCAAGAAGCCAAUCUCUCAUUGCUCAUGGAUUGGAACAAUUUUUGGAUGGGUGGUAUAAAGCAUCAUUGUGGAAUAGCUUAAGAGAGCAUCCCCAUUUCAAGCGUGUUGUUUCCAACCGUCUUCAGCAUGACAGCGUUCAAACUCUUGCCAAAGUCCUCUCAGAUUCAAGUGUUGGGAGGCAAAGGCCAUUGUGGGAUGAUCUGAAGCACUUUAAGGUGCCUUUACAAAUUGUUGUGGGAGAGAAAGAUGAAAAGUAUAAGCAGAUUGCUGAGGAAAUGUUGUAUGAACUCAAUCUUGGCAUGUCAAGCCAAAAUGGUCAUGGAAAACACACUUCUGAAAUCGUAGAGGUUCCAAACAGUGGCCAUGCAGUUCAUAUAGAGAAUCCCCUCGCAAUUAUCAGCGCGCUAAGAGCUUUUUUGAAAAAGUGAAAAUAGUAUUGAUCUUCUUCUCCUGUGCUGUCUCAGAUAUCUCAAUAAGACUAUGGCAUGACUGCUCUUCCGUUUAUUUUUUGUUGUGAAUAUGCCAAAUUAGAGGCACACAUCUUGUACCAUGUUUUUUUUUUAUUGAACUUCCUUGUUUGGAAGUGGCCAUUUUCCCUUUUUUUUGUUCCGUGACUUUAUUGGCUUUUGGAGCCAUUGUUCCUUUUGGCUAAAUCUUUUACUAAUAAAAAUAUGUUCGGUGGCGGUCCUGGCGGACAUUGUUGUUACA